AUGUCUCAAUCGCGAGCACAAGCGCAAGAUGCUGCAGGAUUGUAUUUUUCUCACUUGGACCCGUACAGUCCCAACGAUGACAACAUGAAAACCUUUCUCAAGGGACCCUUGCUGGCAGUCACUCUGAAUUGUUUGAAUGCGGCUCCCGAGCUUCCACCUAGUAUCAAAGUAAAAGCGGAAGAAGAGAAGAAGAAUGCCAGCAAUUGGAGAGAUUACCUGCCAAAUGGACCUUCUGAGAACCCUACAACGUGGGAUGAAAGCAUGGAAAAAUCCUACGAAACGCUUCCGAGAAGAGCCAGAGCCCGAAUGGAAGCUUUUCUAGCUGGAUGCAUGCUCGCCGUACCGUCCACUCUAAUACAGCAACCUACUUCUAGAGAAGAAAAGGAUGACCCUUCUGUUGUUUCGAUUGGUGACGGUCUUUCUGGGUUCAACAUUUCAAAGUCAUCCUCCAAAGACUCAAUCGAUAGUUCCAAAAGACCAUCUAUUAUUGAAAGAGUAAUUUCCGUCAAGGGCAAGCGAAAUCUCAUGCCGCAAAUUUCCGAACAAGAACUGGUCAUUCGAUUGGAUUUGUACAUUCGAACACUUCAGAGAGUGAGGAACCUAAAGGAAGCAUGCGUUAUUGCGAUGGAAAACCCAAAGAUUAUCAAAUUACGGGCUCGAUACAUCACCAACGCCUUUGUUACCACAGCUGGCUGUGUUCGCAGCAUGAACUUUACUCUUACCAGGCUGUUGAGCUGUUUGACUAUGGAAGUGCUUGCCGUUGAGUCAUUGUCGGAAGACAUUGUCAAGGUGAUUCGACGAAUUGUACUGGAGUACGAGCACGGUACAUCCUUUGCAUCUCUAGCUUUCUUGUCGUCACCCGAAGGAAAUGCAGAAUCCCUUCUGACUCCUCUCGUGUUAAAGUACAUUCGGUAUUUGCAAACCAAUUUUGAAAAUGUGGUUGAGGGCUGCGAGCUGGAACGUAUGAUGACAAAGGCUUUGGAUCCAAGACUGCGACGAUUGUUCAAAACAAUUGAAUUUAAAUCGAUUGGACACUUGUUGGAAGUUUGUCAUGAGCAAAGGCACAAACUGCAAAACAUCGAGCUGGCACCACACGUAUGCGCCAUGGCCGAAAAUGUGAACGAGCUGGUGGACAACGCGAUGGUGUUGAAACAAGCCUUGCGGGACUUGCAACGGGAGGUUAUCACUGUGAAUGGUCACGUCUUACCACCAGUGACCAGUCGAAAGGAUCUUCUCCAACUGCUGACCCAAACUUUAAAUUCAAGAUCAUUGACGGCGGCUAAGCCAAAGACAAAACAUGGUUCACCCAAGAAGUCCAGGCGUAAAGCGGCCGUAAGACGAAUAUCUUCUCAGCAUUCCGAAGACAGUGCAAGUGACUCCAUUGUUAUUUCUUCCUCAGAAUUCGACUCUUCUGAUAGGGAUACUAGUGCGGAUGACAUUGAACCACCGUCGCCCAAUGCAGAGCGAGCCAAAGAGAGGAAAUUUCGACGGCGACAAUCCAGAUUUCACGUCUCUACAAUUGAUCUUUUGACGAGACGGCUACUCAUUGCCGCCAGUCGAACAGGGAAUGGUGGAGAUGCCUAUUUUGUAAUUCGUGAUCUAUUCGGUGGUGAAGACGUGGAAGUUGUUCCUACAAAUACGUUGUCAAUGGAAGGUCGAAUGGUUCGACCAGGUACCAUUGAUAUUCUAGUACGCCUCGCUAGUGUAACCAUCAAGUGUCACCAAAGCUUUGAUGUCUACCCCAAAUCCCUCGUUGGAGACUGCGAACCCUUGAUUCAAUUUCAUUCGACUACAACCGAAACAAUAUAUCUCCACGAAGUGCGAUCCACCGACAGCAAUGGUGAGGCCACCCCAAAUGAUGAUAUGUCGUCCGAUGGUUCCGAGGGCAAUUCAAAGGGAUUGGUGGUGGUCCAAGAAAAGAAGACUGAUAAAUCCGGAUGGAGAAGCAUCUCGAUUAGACCAGCACUUUACGAAAAGGUGGAAGUAUGGAAUACACCAAGCUAG